UUUUUCAAGUUACAACUCGUGACGCAGCUAUAAAAUAGAGGAACAACAUUUAAGAUAAGCAGGUCCCAGGAGAGAAGAACUCUUAACCAGCCUCGCUGUGUCUGAAGCUCUGUCUUCCAGGGAAACUUUGGAUAAACUUGCAAGUUUUUGUGCAGACGAUCGGGAAACCUGAGUUGUGACUGACAGCUGUCAAUCUCUGCACUACCAUAAUCUAGGUUUGACAUCCGAAGUGCAGAGUAGCAGCUGACGAGUCUCUAGCCUGAUAGUUGAUGGGUGUCAAUUUUCACAACAUCAGUAUCGAGGACAGUUACUGCAUCAUGGGUAAGAAGCCAGCAGGUGUGCUGAUGUUCCUCCUGGUCAUCCUUAAGGUGUUGGGGACAAUAGAAGCUGCCUGCAGCUGCACAGCUUCGGCCUGUGACUGUAGCAGUCUGGGUCUGACCAGCGUUCCACAGGACCUUCCGACAAACAUCACAAACUUGAAUUUGGCAGGGAAUCAAAUCAUAACUUUAAGUCAGUCUGAUUUCUCACGUUAUAGAAACGUAGAGACUUUAGGGCUUAGUAGCAAUCACAUUUCUGCCAUCAAUAGGCAGGCGUUCUAUAACUUGUCAAAGUUGGGAAGAUUGAGGCUUUCUGUUAACCGAAUAACAACUCUCAGGCCUGACAUGUUCACAGGGCUGGGAAACUUGCAGACACUUGAACUGCACUAUAAUGACAUCACUGAUAUUCCAGCUGGAACAUUCAAUUCCACACCACAACUGAGAGACUUGUACCUGGAUAUUAACAGGUUCAACUUUACAACCCUCAGAUCUGACAUGUUCACAUGCCUGGGAAACUUGAUGUUCCUUCAUCUAACAUCUAAUGGCAUCACUGAUAUUCAGGCUGGGACUUUUAGUCCAACACCACAGCUGAGGUGGCUGCUAAUGCAAAACAACAAGUUAACAACCCUCAGAUCUGACAUGUUUACAGGGCUGGGAAACUUGCAGGUCCUGAAAAUGUCUGACAAUAACAUUACUACAUUUCCCUUUGAAGAGUUGUCAAGACUUCAAAGACUUUAUCGUCUUUACCUUGACAAUAACCAAAUGACAACCCUUCCCUCUGUGGCAUAUAAUGUACUCACAACCAUCUCUGAUGUAGACAUUAAUAACAACCCCUGGAAGUGUGACUGUAGGAUGAUGGACUUUAGGUUGAAGAUGACUGGAUUUUAUCCAUUUGAAAACCAGAUCAAUUGUUCCCAUCCUGAUCACCUCAGUGGACUGAAACUUACAGACAUCAACCCUGAAAAUCUUUUCACAAACUGUCAAGAACCAACAGUUUUAAGAUUUGAGAAGAGCAAGGAUAACAUUCUGGUACCGGGGGGUACUCUAUAUUUAAUCUAUGAAGCUACAGGAAUCCCCACACCAGAUAUCACAGUCAUUCUCCCAUCUGGAUUGAAUGCUACUGUUGAGUCUAGUGGGAGGGUGACUGUGGAUGUGAAUGAUGUGAACGGCACCUUCACCAUCACCAAUGUUACUGCAGUAGAUGCUGGCCUGUAUGUCUGUAUUGCAGUAAAUCUAGCCGGCUCAACUUUUGCCACCCUGGUUGUAGAUCUACAUACUGUGCCAACAACUGUUUUACCACCUUUACAGACGCCACCUCUUGCUACAACCUCAGGCAACCAAGAAAGCACCACUGACCAGGACCCUGCUCAAGCCUCCUUCUCUCCACCUGUUUCUGUUGCCUCGUCACCUCUAAAACAGCCUGAACCUGCCCCCACUUUCUCCUUGCCUGUCCUCCUUGGUGCUGUCUGUGGUUCGGUAGCCGGUACCCUGUUUAUUGGUGGCAUCGUUCUCGCUAUCUGGUGCAAAAGAAGCAACAACCAGGGUUCUCCCAAACGCCCAGACUUCAGUGUUGUUUUUAACAACACCAACACCACGACUACUGUGAUCACCAAUGGGCACAAUCUGACAGGGCAAACUCAGCCCCAACCAACUCGGCCACCCUCCUCCCAGUUUGAGCCUUACGAAGAGGUACAGCCUCCUCAAAGAGGUGCAGUUAUGAUGCAAACUGCUAGAGGUCUCUCUUUGGAUGCCAGAAAUCCCCAUCUCUUCCCACGGCAACCCUCCUCCCAGUUCGAACCUUACGAAGACGUACAGCCUCCUCAAAGAGGUGUAGUUCCAAGCCAAACCGCUAGGGGGCAGGCCCUUCGACCACCCAACAGGAGCAACAAUGAACCUCCCCCAGUCCCGCCUCCCCGCACAGCCAGUGCUACUGGGUAUGAGAAUAUCCCUGAGCACGCCUACCAACCUCUGGCAGUCACUUGGAAUCAGCCUGACAAUGGUCAGGAUGCUUCUCAUCACUACCAGUCACUCAGAAGGACCUAA